GAGCACAGAAGCUCCUCUUCGCUCUGUUCAGCCUCAUAAUCUUCCCGCAGAAGAACACGACAGCGGUUCCGCUGCUGAAACAAGAUGGCCGAUGUGGAAAUGGAUUUACAGAGCAAGAGGCUGAAUAACGGGCCGGAGGAUUUGGAGAGUCCAGAAAAGAGCGGGAAUGAGGAUGAAAACGGGGAAAUGUCUGGGGAGGAUGAAGAGGAGGGUGAGGAGGAAGCAGAGGUGAAUGGAGAGAAGCAGGACAUAGUUUCCAAACAUCACAGCAGCAGUGGAAGCAAACACAAGAAAAAGAAACACAAGCACCGUAGCAAGCAUAAAAAACACAAACAUGCGUCUGAGGAAGAUAAGAAGCGCAAACAUAGACACAAACAUAAGAAGCACAGACGCAAAGACGUGGCAUCGUCCUUGCCCUCUGGGGCUGCCAACACAAGGGCUGAGGACGGCUUUCCAUCCCUUGGCAAUGCAACCUUGGAUGAUAAAGCCCUUUUAGAGGAUCUGGAGAAACAGAGAGCACUGAUUAAAGCAGAGCUAGACAGUCAGCUAAUGGAGGGGAAAGUUCAGUCAGGCAUGGGUCUCAUUCUACAGGGUUACAAUUCCGCCUCGGAGGAGGACAGGGAUGGACAGAGGGCACGUAACGGGGAGCAAAGGCAAAGAGAUAGUGGGGCUAGAACCCGCUCACCCAGGGACCAGAGUGGCAGGACAGGUAGAUCCAGACGGGACACCACAGACACCAGCAAAGCUAGUGCGAAACGCCGUAGUCGCAGCCGAUCCCGAGACAAAGCAGGGAGGGACAGUAAACUUGACCGAACGACCAAAAGUGCAAAAGAAACUGUCAAGGAGCGUAGCAAGUCCAAAGAACGAAAAUGCUCCCGGAGCAGGGACAAAUCAAAGGAGCGUGGGAGGAAAUCCCUGUCCCCAUCCACAAGAAGGCGCUCCUCUGCAGAAAGAAAAGUUGACCUGAAGGGGCGCUCUGAACGACGGUUUUCACCUCGUACGGAUGAAAAGCGAGAGCCUGCUGGGCAGAGAUCAGGUUCACAUGGCCGCAAGAGCCAGUCACGAGAACAACGGUCUCAUUCCAAGGAUGCCCGGGCUGGCCGCUCAGAGACUGACAGAGAAAAGAGGCCGGGAAAGUCUCCGUCCAAAGACACUUCUUCUGGAAAAGAGAAUCGGUCACCUCAUCACAGACGAGCUCUGAGCCCUCAACGACGACACAGUUCUUCCCCUCGGCAACGGGAGCGCCAACCCAACCAGCCCCCCUCUGGUUCAGCAGACCGCGGCUCCAAACUGAGCCACUCGCCAUCUAGGAAUAGAUCACCUACCAGGAGGGCACGAAGUCGCUCGAAUGAGCGCAGGAGAGAUUCUCCUUCCAGGAAGCGUCCUCGUGUUGAUGGUGGGGUUGGAAGGUCGCGGGAGACAAGUCCAGUUCGGCGCAGGAUGAGUCGUUCACCACUCAGACGCAGAUCUGUAUCACCACGGCGUCAGUCUCGCUCCUCACCCAGGAGGCGGAGCCGAUCACCCCUCAGACGCAGGUCUGCUGAAAGGGAUCGGUUUGGUCGCGCCAGACCACGGCGAUCCACCUCUAGAGAUCGUGAGAGGAGGAGAAGGCGGAGUCGAGAUGAAGACAAGUUCAAAGGCAGCCUAUCAGAGGGCAUGAAAGCAGACCAAGACUCUUCCUCUGAAGAAGUGAUGGAAGAUUUUGAUGCAGAGGAGGAGGAUGAAGAGGCUCUGAUUGAGCAACGUCGACAACAGCGGCUUGCUAUUGUACAGAAAUACAAAGCCGGAAAUGAGGACAGUAAUAUGGGCUCCAUGGCUUCGGAGCCCAGCAGUCCUCAGAGCAGCACCCGCAGUCGUUCGCCCUCCCCUGAUGACAUCCUGGAGCGCGUAGCGGCCGACGUGAAGGAAUACGAACGGGAAAACUUGAACACCUUUGAGGCCAGCAUCAAGGCUAAGCACAACCUCAUCGCUCAGGAGAAAGAAGGAGCUAACCCAAAGAAGCCCACAGCACCUGACAUGUUCACUGAGUCAGAUGACAUGUUUGCUGCAGACUUUGAUAGUGCCAGGCUCAGGGCUGCAGGAAUUGGUAAAGACUUUAAAGAGAACCCCAAUCUCAGGGAUAACUGGACUGAUUCAGAAGGAUACUAUCGUGUGAACAUAGGUGAGAUACUGGACAAGCGGUAUGAUGUGUAUGGGUACACUGGUCAGGGUGUGUUUAGUAAUGUGGUGCGAGCUAGAGACACUGCCCGGGCUGGCCAGGAGGUGGCAGUCAAGAUCAUCCGUAACAAUGAGCUCAUGCAGAAGACAGGCUUGAAGGAGCUUGAGUUUUUGAAGAAACUGAAUGACGCAGAUCCUGAUGAUAAAUUCCACUGUUUGCGUCUCUUCAGACACUUUUACCAUAAACAGCAUCUCUGUUUGGUGUUUGAACCUCUCAGUAUGAAUCUGCGUGAGGUGCUGAAGAAGUAUGGUAAAGAUGUAGGGCUUCACAUCAAGGCAGUGCGUUCCUAUAGUCAGCAGCUCUUUCUGGCCCUCAAACUACUGAAACGCUGCAACAUCCUCCACGCCGACAUUAAACCAGACAACAUUCUGGUGAAUGAGUCAAAGACCAUUCUUAAACUGUGUGAUUUUGGCUCAGCGUCCCAUGUCGCCGACAAUGAAAUUACACCCUACCUAGUCAGCAGAUUCUACAGGGCACCUGAAAUUGUCAUUGGUAAGCCAUAUGAUUAUGGGAUUGAUAUGUGGUCGGUCGGCUGUACCCUGUAUGAGCUGUACACAGGGAAGAUUCUGUUCCCUGGCUCCUCCAACAAUCACAUGCUGAAACUGGCUAUGGAUGUCAAGGGCAAGAUGCCCAACAAGAUGAUCCGAAAAGGCCUGUUUAAAGACCAACAUUUUGACCAGAAUUUGAAUUUCCUGUACAUAGAGGUAGACAAAGUGACUGAAAGGGAGAAGGUAACGGUAAUGAGCACCAUUAAUCCCACUAAAGACCUGCUCGCGGACAUGGUCGGAGGUCAGAGGUUACCUGAGGAACAGAGGAAGAAGGUCAUGCAGCUCAAGGAUCUGCUGGAUGGAACUCUGAUGCUGGAUCCAGCUAAACGCAUCAGCAUCAACCAAGCCUUGCAGCAUCCUUUCAUUCAGGAGAAGAUAUGACACCAUUUAAAUUCUGACUUCUGAACUUUGACCUCCCAGUAGAGCCAGAGAUCUUCAGCUGUUCCAGGACUGAGCCAACAGACUUCAGCUCAGAAUAUUCUGAACCAUCUUGAGACUUUCAAUUUUUUAUUUUUAUUCAUUCUUGUUUUUCUAGUGAUUUUUGUUUUGUUUUAUUUCACCCAAUCAUCUUUGAUUGAUCUCUCAGAAUGAUUUUGUUUUUAUUGUAUAUACACACAUUGUCAUUCACUGAGAGAGAGGCACUGUUAGUGGUUAUCAGACUUUGUCUUAUUUAACUUCAAAAUUGACAGAACUGUGCUGAAACAGUGGAGGUGUGUAGAUGUUGAAGGCAAGAGUGAUUGGGAAAGCAUGACAGUGGGUAUCUUAAGACGUUUAAGACCAAUUAUUUUUGAGGUUCUCAGAAUGUAAUCCCUAAAUCUGUGUCCCUUUUGGUGACAAAUUAAAGGUUCUUCUAAACAAGGUGUGCACCAUUGACUGGCUGGCUGUGCUUUAGUGAUUUUUGGGUCACUGGUCUAUAACUAGGCAGUCUCCGGUUCUGACAAAAAUUCAAUAUGGUUCAUCACUGGUUUUCCUGGUUAGUAAUUUCAUAAGGCCAUCUCCUUGAAAUGAUUGGACAUGUGAAAACAGAAGUUUAUCAUGUACAGCUGUUUAAAUGUUGGUUUUGCUGUAUUUUCCUCAGUUGUACUGUACAUCAAACUCAAACCUUUUCUGGUCCCUUUUUAUUGACAAUAGAAGCCCUCAUUGUUACCGAAGACACACAAAUCUUAGCCAUUUAACUAACAUAUGACUUAAUUGUGUAAAAUGUCCAAAAAGCACUGAUUUAGGUCCAAAGCUUUUGAAGUACUUCUUCUUGAAGUACAGUAAUUUUAAGUAAUUCUUGGUUCAUUAGUCUCAAAUGGUGUUUAUUGGCCAAGGCUUUAUACUAGCUCAGUUUAGUGUGCUUGUUAGCCCUGAGGUAUUUGGCAGCAAAAUUCAGCCUAGCAGGAAAAUGUCGAGAAUCCCCCCCCACCCCCCAUUAUUUUACUUUUUUUUUUUUUAUUUGAAGUGCAAUUGAUUUCAAAAGUGAUUUGACAUGUAAUAAAGUGUCUUACACAGAAGCCCUGACAAACUGGUGAUCACAUUUAUUUUACAAUGUAAAUACUUAACAGUUUUCGUUAUGUGCAACAUCUGUGUUCUUUUCUUACUGGAAAAUGAAAGAUUUUGUUUUUGAAAAUAAACUCGAAAGAUUGGAUUGUGAAGGAACAUGAAAAC